AUGGGAGUGGAUGCAACUAUUUUUACUUUGCAAAACAAAUGUAGGAACACAAUGUGGCCAGGGAUUCUAACAGGAGCAGGAAAACCUCCACUUACUGAUGGUGGUUUUCGGCUAAGACCUGGGCAGGCUAUAAACAUUACUGCACCAAAAGGGUGGUCUGGACGCUUUUGGGGGCGGCGCGGAUGCACAUUCAAUGGCUUCGGUCACGGAAAAUGCAUCACAGGAGACUGUGGAGGUAAACUUAGAUGCGCUGGAGCUGGAGGUAUACCACCAGCUUCAUUGGCAGAGUUUACACUAGACAGUCCAGAAGGUGAUUUUUAUGAUGUUAGCCUUGUUGAUGGUUACAACAUGCCAGUGUCUAUCAUUCCCUCUAGAGGAUCUGGACAGUGUAAGACUGUUAAGUGCCGUUCGGAUUUGAAUAGAAAUUGUCCCACUGGAUUGGAGUUGAGAAACAAAGAUCGCGUUGUUGGUUGUAAGAGUGCUUGUAUGGCUUUCAAUAAGCCAGAAUAUUGUUGUACUGGAGACUUCAAUAGUCCAAACAAGUGUCAGCCAAGUAGUUAUUCAAAGGUGUUCAAAGCCUCCUGUCCUCAGGCGUAUAGCUAUGCUUAUGAUGAUGCAACCAGUACUUUCACUUGCCAUGGAGCAGAUUACAUAAUUAGGUUUUGUUAGAGAGGGAAGGAGUUGAUAGUCAUCACUGUCUGUUGUGUGUGGUAAAUUUAUUAGAUCUCUUUCUAACAAUUGAAAUUUGAAUAAAUGAUAAAGUUUAUGUGAUAAAUAUAUGACACCAUCAUAGCAUCGAUUUAACAACAUUGUAUAAACGAGUGAUAUUGUGUUUGAAAACGCGUUACACGUGCUC